AUGCCGGAACCAGUCGGAGCCUUUCACCACCCAACUACAAUCACCGAUGACGAAAAGCUUCAGCAAUGGCCGGAGAAGCACAACAGGGAGAUGAUGUUCCCCAAAAGUCCUGAGCCAACUGUCCCCAAUCAGACAGCACCGCGGUUGCCAGACGCUCCGCAGGAAAACCAGCCCAAGGAGGAAUAA